AUGGGUGCUGAUUGCGAUCAGUGUUUACCGUUUUACAACGACAGACCGUGGAGAGCUGGAACUGCGAAUGAAGCGAAUGAGUGCAUUGCCUGCAAUUGUAGUCACCUUUCGAAUCGUUGCUAUUAUGACCAUGAUUUGUUCGAGAAGACUGGAAGUGGUGGACAUUGUGUGGACUGUGCCGGAAAUACUCAGGGUCCACACUGUGAAGAAUGUGCGGCGAACAACUGGAGACGUCGCGGAGAGCACUAUUGUGUCGCCUGUAAUUGUAACGAGAUUGGAUCGCUGACUUUACAAUGCGAUGAAACUGGUCAAUGUCCAUGCAAACCUGGUGUCGAUGGACAGUUCUGUGACCAUUGCAAGAACGGAUUCUAUGAAUUCUCAAAAACUGGAUGCAAGGAUUGCGAAUGCGAAGCAGCAGGAUCGUUCAAUAAUGAGCCACGGUGCAACUCGAAAAGUGGUGACUGUGCGUGUAAACUGAACGUUGAAGGACGUCAGUGCAACAAAUGCAAACCAGGCUAUUUCGAUUUGUCAACUGAUAACCGUUUCGGUUGCACACCGUGCUUCUGUUAUGGUCACUCGUCCAUCUGUACUACGGCUGACGGUUAUUAUGCGAUGAAUAUUUCAACGGAUUUCAUUACUGGUAAAGAGAAAUGGUCAGCGAUGUCACUACGUGGACCACAGGACGCGCAGUGGUCAGAAAUGGACAAAGCACUAGCCGUGUCUGAUGUCGACGGUACUCCAGUCUAUUUUAUCGCACCGCAACAAUUCACUGGAGAUCAGCGUGCCUCUUAUAAUCAAGAUCUUUGGUUUACACUUCGCGUGCAGCAAGGUCAAAUACAACCAAGCGUCAGAUGUUACAGUGAUAGCGAUAACCCUGACUGUCCAUGUCCCAGCACUCUUCUUUGCCAGUACGUCUAUCUAACGCCAACAUUCGAUGAUGGUCUUUGCUCAUUCUAUUGGGAUGUUGUAAUCGUUGGUGCAGAUGGUCAAGAGCUUUCGCUGCCGAUCUUCGCGCAAGACAACCCAACACCCAACUCGAAUGAACAACACUAUCGAUUUCGUAUCCACGCCAAUCCAAUCUUCCAAUGGAGUCCACGACUCAAUGAACUCGAUUUCAUCGGUGUACUAUCGAAUGUCAGCGCUAUCAAAAUUCGAGGCACUUACUCAAACGGAGAUGUUGGCUUUUUGAGUAAUGUGCAUUUGGGUACGGCGAGUUUGGCGGUUUCGGGCGAUAAUCCGAAGGAAGCGAAAUGGGUCGAAUCUUGCAGUUGUUUGGAGGGCUUCGUCGGUCAAUUCUGUGAGUCAUGUGCGCCUGGCUACAAGCGUGAACUGAAAUACGGUGGACCGUUCAAUAGAUGCAUUAAAUGUGACUGCCAUGGACAUUCCGAAUCAUGCGACGCCGAAUCAGGUCAGUCUCCAGCUCAACUCUCAUAUUUAGAUGUCUUUGUUAGAGAAAUUGAGUGA